AUGUCCAAACGAACCGCGGGAGGGCGGGGCAAGGGGGAUAGAGCCGACCCCGAGGCGAGCGUUCGGGCGGCCAACGACGAGCUGAGAGCCAAACUGAUGGACGUCCAGUUAGAACUACAGCAGGAAAAGAACAAGGUCAGCCGUCUGGAAAGAGAAAAAAGUCAAGAACUGAGGGCGGAGCAUCACCGCGCCGCCGUGGCCAUGACGGAACUUAAAAGCAAACUCCACGAGGAGAAGCAGAAAGAGUUGGCCGCGACCAGGGAGACGCUACUACGGCAGCACGAGACGGAGUUGAUGAGAGUGAUCAAAAUCAAAGACGGCGAGAUUCAGCGACUCAACGCCUCGGUCCAGGCGUUGAGGGACGGCUCCUCCGCCGAUAAGCUGAGGAGCGCUUUGCAGGCAGAGGCGGAGGAGACGCGAGGGACCUGGGAGGCCGAGCGACGUCGCCUCCAGCGGGAGAUUCGGGAACAACGCGGAGCAAAGCGGUGCGCCGAAGAAGCUUUGGCGACAGCUCAGCAGGCCUGCCAGUCCCGAGCGGCCGAGCUCCGAUCCGCUCACCAGGAGGAGCUGAACAGAACCAAGAGGGACUGCGAGAGGGAGGUCCGCCGACUGUGGCAGGAGGAUCGAGACGCGCGACGGUUUCAACUGAAAAUCGCCGAGCUCAGCGCAGUCGUCAGGAAACUGGAGGAUCGAAACGCUCUGCUUUCUGAGGAACGCACCGAACUGCUGAAGCGACUGAGAGAAACGGAAAGUCAGUUUAUCCCUCUUCUGGACAAAAACAAGCGCGUGAGCAGGAAGAAUGAAGAGCUGUCGCUCAUGCUGAGUCGCCUGGAAAACAAACUGCGCUUCGUCACGCAAGAGAACAUCGAGAUGUCGACCAUGAGGAGGCCCAGUUCACUCAACGACUUGGACCGCCGCAGCAGCUCCGGCGCUUACCGCGAAUACGGCCAGCCGGAUAGCGAAAUGGAGUUUCUGCGACUUCAAGUUGCGGAACAGCAACACAUCAUCGACGAUCUGUCUAAGGCUCUGGAAACGGGAGGGUAUGUCAAAAAUGUCCUAGAACGAGAUUUCUUAUUACGGUACAGACGUCAAGAUUCCUUGAGGAGGAAACGAACGGUGAGAUCGUGCCGGGUGAUCGAAACAUUUUACGGAUACGACGAAGACGUGUCCGUGGAUUCGGACGGAUCGUCCUUGUCUUUUCACACCGACAAAACUCCUGACACGGAACCUGAAGAGGUGUGCGUUCGCGAGGAGGCGGAGCUUCGCUACCGCCAGUUGACGCAAGAAUAUCAAGCGCUGCAGCGAGCCUACGCUCUGCUCACCGAGACCAGCGGCGGGAUCUACGAUGCCGAGAAGGAGAUCAAGACCAGAGAACAACUGCUGGCUGAAAUCUGUCGAUAUCAAACCAGAGUCGCAGAUCUGGAGUCGGCCCUCGUACAACAAGGACAGGAUGUCAAGUGGGUGGAGGAGAAGCAGUUGUUGUAUCAGAGGAACCAGCAGUUAGUGGAAAAGGUGAAGCAGAUGGAAGCGGAAGUAGCACGUCUGCAAAAUGACAUCCAGGACGCCAAAGACCAAAACGAACUACUGGAGUUCCGAAUUUUAGAGUUGGAGGAAAGGGAGUGGCGCUCCCCUGGCAUCAAGGUCCAGCAAGUCCAUUUCCCAGACAGCCUCAGCCCAUUGCAGAUCUACUGCGAGGCGGAGGGCGUAACCGACAUCGUGAUCAGUGAUCUGAUGAAGAAGUUGGACAUCCUGGGAGAUAACGCCGUAAGUAAUCUGACAAAUGAGGAGCAGGUGGUUGUGAUUCACGCCAGGACUGUUCUCACCCUUGCCGAGAAGGUAAACCGCGGCGGUCUAAUGACCUUGUUUCCUCAGUGGUUGGAAUCCAUCGAAGUGACAAAGUCUGCUCUGCGACAGAAGAUGUUGGACAUUGAAAGCGAGAAGGAUUUGUUCUGCAAGCAGAAGGGCUACCUGGAUGAAGAACUGGACUUCAGGAAGCGAUCCAUGGAUGAGGCUCACAAGAGGAUCCUGGAGCUGGAGGCCAUGUUGUAUGAAGCGCUACUGCGGCAGGGCCCGUCCGGGACAGACGGACAAAAGGCCAAAGACGCCGGCCUGAACAACGUGCUGACUGAUGAGCAGAGGGAGGGGCUUAGAAGCGCCACGGACCAAUGGAAGCGUGCCGUGAUGGUGGAGCUGAGGGAGCGAGACGCUCAGAUCCUCAAGGAGAGAAUGGAGCUGCUGCAAGUCACGCAACAGAGGAACAAAGACUUGGAAGAAUUCAUCGAAGCUCAAAAACGGCAAAUCAAAGAGUUGGAGGAGAAGUUUCUCUUUCUCUUUUUAUUCUUCUCCUUGGCCUUCAUCCUCUGGUCCUAA